AUGCCUCGCGUGGAAUGCGUGCUUUGCAAGAGGCUCCUCUCAGGGUACGAGUUUCGCUCCUACGCGGUGGAGUUCGCGUAUUGUGAUCGAUGCCACAGGGGCCGGAUCCACAGGCUGGAGUCGCUGGUGGGGAGCUUGCAAGCCGCGCAGCAGCGCCUCCGGGACGAGGAGCGGCGCCUGCAAGCCGUGGCGCGCCAGGCCGAAUUCCUUCGCGCCUGGGACCAGGACACCCUCGAUUUGCCGCUGUCGGAUGUGACGCUCAAGGCGUGUGAUGGGCCGGAUGUGUGCGCGCACAAGGCGAUCCUGGCGCCCCUGUGGUUUUUGUUUGUCUGCCUGUUUCUAGCGCAGGCGGGGAAGUCACCUGUGUUUAAGGCCAUGUUUAGUGCUCAAAUGAAGGAAGCCCAAAGCGGUGUCGUCCGAAUCGACGACUUCUCGCACGAUGUGUUGGAAGCGUUUGUGCGCUUCUUCUACACCGCCACAGUGUGUCCCGAAGUGCUCAAGAAACAUGCCGCGUCUCUCUUCUGUGCUGCAGAGAAAUAUGGCGUCAAGCUCCUCAAGGCCGUGUGCGAGGAGUUUCUAGUCAGCAACGUCUCCCGGGACAACGCCAUCAACCUCUUGGACCUGGCUCGAAAGUAUGACUCGGAGACUGUCAAGGACGCGGUGCUCCGGACGGCCUCCAUGGACAUGCAAGUGUUGCCGACGUUCGGGGACUACAGCAUGUACGCGGAGAAGGAUCCCAAGCUCCUCGUCGAGCUCUACGAGGGGCUUGUCAAGCGGAUGUCACGCAAGAGAAGCAGGAUUGUCGCAGGUAAUGAUGGCCAAGGGGACUCGUCCAGAGCUAAGAUUGCUGCCAUCCAGAGAAACGAGGAAGAAGUAGCGCCUGGGUCAUGACAAGAGGGGAAACAACGCAAAGUUCUCGUCGCCUGGCUCGCGCUCGUGAUCACGACAAGUAAGCUCCUUGUUAUUACGCUUGAGAAGAUCGAAGUUUUCCUCGUUCCAGAUCAAUCAUAGAGCUACUCCUGAAUAAUUCUCGAGAAAAAAAAAAACGCCUGAGCAAGCGAGCCCGAGAAUGCGAUUGAUAGGCAAGGCAAAACAAAGAAAAAAUCUCGCAAAGUGAAAUGUGGGAACCAUGGGUUGGA